UGCUGCCCAGAGGCGUCCCUUGCUCAGCUCUUAUGGGGUGGGGUCAGCAUGGAGGGUGUGCCGGGAGCUGAGGUGCAGCUGACUCUGGUGGCUCUUUACACAGGUUCUUUCAAUCCAUCCUAAGGACCUGCGGGAGAAGCCCCUCUUUCCAGACAGCAGCAUUGCCAGCUCCAGGAGGUCGCUCUGGUUUCUCAAGACAGUUUGUGCUUCUGGGCCCUCGCACCUGAUCCCCCAUCCGGCUUAUGUGGUGUCAAAAACGGGACACUGAGGUAGGAAGCCAGAGGCCGGAUGCUUUCUGCCAGGGGCAUGAAUGAGCCAGAAAGGCCUGGGGUCUGGGCUCAUCCCCUGCUGGGAUAAGGACACCCCAGGGAGCAGCCAUGGCUGCAGGGCAGGUGACAGAGGGGGCCCUGGACCUGCAGUUUCAGAUCCAGGUGGAGCAGUCGGUGUGCCCCGCUGGGCUGACGGAGCAGAAGGCCUCAGCUGGGCCCGAGCCAGAUGCGGGAUUGGAGCGAGCGGGUGGGCUGCCUAUUGUGGUGCAGUCCGGCACCAUUGGGGAGCUGCUGAGAUGGGUGGCACCGCAGCAGGCCCGGUAUGCGUCGCAGAAGGAGAUGCUGCAGCACUGGGAGGACGUCUGGCAGGAGGUGCUGCAGGCCCUGCGCGUCCUUCCGGAGGUGGGGCCGGCUCCGGCCUGCGCCCUCAGGCACGGAGAGCCAGAACUGCCGCCCCCUCCCAGAGUUGUGCCAGCACCGACUUGUGCACAUGGGUGUGAAAACCCCACCUCCCAGGGGGGCAGAGAGUCAUCCAGGGGUCUGGAGCAGGCUGGGAUCGAGCUGAAGGAGGAGACGGCACUGUGCCGAGAGGAGCAGCUGUCAGCCUCGCAGACCCCUGCCGAGGUUAAUCCAACUCCAGCACCUACAUGGGGAUCCCUGCAGCUGCCCCAGCUGGCGCCAGAGGACGAUAUCGAGGCCUAUCUGGCCACCUUUGAGCAAGUGGCUGAUGCCUGCCAGUGGCCGAGAGGGGAGUGGACAACCCGACUGGAGCCGUACCUCACCGGGAAAGCCCAGCUGGCCUAUGGUAGCCUAGACAUCACAGAGACAAGUGACUAUGGGAAGGUGAAGGCGACCAUCCUGCGUCGCUAUGGCAUCAGCCCAGAGACACAGCGCAGGCACUUCAGGGAAUUCUGCUACCAGGAGGCUGAGGGGCCCCAGGAGGUUUACAGCCGCCUCCGGGAGCUCUGCCAUCACUGGCUGGAGCCGCAGAGCCACACCAAGGAGCAGAUCCUGGAGCUGCUGAUCCUGGAGCAGUUCCUGACCAUCCUGCCGGAGGAAAUGCAGAGCUGGAUCUGGGAAUGUGGCCCUGAGACCGGUGCCCAGGCAGUGGCCCUGGCAGAGGGGUUCCAGGUGGGGCAGCCAGAGAUCAAGUGGCCGGGGCUACAGGUGCCAGUGCAGUUCAAGGAUGUGGCUGUGACUCUGGCUGAGGCAGAGUGGUUGCUGUUGGAUGAGGAGCAGAGGCAGCUGUAUGGGACUGUCAUGCAGGAGACUUACCGGAGCAUUAGCUCACUGGGUUGUCCGGUUCGCAAGCCCGCUCUGAUCUCUCAGUUGGAGCGAGGGGAGGAGCCAUGCAUCCCAGAUCCCCCAGCCCCUGAGGAGCAGGAGACCCAGAGGGACGUCCCAACAGACACCAGGAGGGGGCUGGACGCUGAGGACCUGGCUGUGCUGCACCACGGGGAGGCGGAGGCACCUGUCAAAGCAGCUCCAACACCCAAGGCCUCACCAAGAUGGCCCAAGAGGAAAGCGCCCCAGAGCCCUGGCCGGAAGAGAAAGAAACCCUCUCUGGACGGAGAAGAGCCAGAAGCCCCCUCUGAGGGUGGGAAAGAGCAGCUCCCCACCUGUCCCAUGUCCAUGCAACAGCCACUUCCUUCUGUGCGCAUGCAAAAGCCUUUCCGUCCUGUACGCAGGAAACAGCCGCCCCCACCCCUGCGCUGGGAACAGCCUGUCCCUCCCGUGCACAGGGAACAGCAGCCCUCCACUCCCGGCAGGGAACAGCCUGUCCCUCCCCUGAGCAGGGAACAGCCUGUCCCUCCCCUGAGCAGGGAACAGCCUGUCCCUCCACUCCUGGCAGGGAACAUCCAUCCCCUCCUAUGCACAAGGAACAGCCACUGUCUCCUCUGUGCAUUGAACAGCUGCUUCCUGCCCUGCACAGGACACAGCCACACCCCACUCUCAGGCAGGCACAGCAGCCCCCUCUGUCAUCGCCCGUUAAUUCCUGCUGCAGGAACCUGUUCAUGGGAGGCUCCCCCACUAGUAAGAGCCUGCCCCAGGCUGAGAGGUGCAACCAGUGCCCUGAGUGUGGCCGGGGCUUCAGGCAGAGCUCAGACCUGCAACGGCACCGGCGCAUCCACACAGGAGAGAAGCCUUUCCACUGCCCAGUGUGUGAGAAGAGCUUCCGGCUGCAGUCCAACCUGAUCGUGCACCACCGCACGCACACCGGGGAGCGGCCCUACCAGUGCGGGGAGUGCGGCCGGGCCUUCUCGCAGAGCUCCAGCCUCCGGACCCACAGCAAGAUCCACCUGGGCCAGAAACCCUAUGUUUGCUCUGUGU